CAAAAGCUGGGGUAGGGACAGGCGUCACUGACCGUCCGCUGACCGAGGAACUGGACCACGGACCGACGAGCUCCAACUUUGCACUGGAAUUUGGCGUCUCCCAGCUGCUGGGAGUUGCACGACGAUGACCUCGACUCCCGAUGGACACGACUCUCCACUCUGACCGCCUGCCAACCACGAUACUGUGGGAUUCCUGUGGCAUUCUGUGUUGAAGACAGUCGGUCGCACGAAUGCAUUGUAUUGUACCUCGUUGAUCUGCGUUCGCCGAGGCUGACUGCCUCCCUUCCCACACGGCCCGUCUACUCCUGCUGAAGUCCCACCCUCCACCCUCCACCCUCUCACGAACCAGCCGCAGUCGACCAUGGCCUCCCAGUCGAAGCUCCUCCUCUCCCACGUCUCCACCCCGGGCCAGCGCGAGCGCACCAUCCGCUCCAUCAUCUCCCACCUGACCGACCUGUACCUGUCCAACCGCACCCGCAUCUCCCGCGCCGUCUACCUGACCCUCUUUGUCGCCCUCAUCAACCGCGUUCGCAACGCCAUCGCAGAGCAAAAGGCCGCCUCCGCCCGCGACGCCGUCAAGCGCGCCGAGCGCAGCGGCACCACCGGCCGCGUCAACAGCCCCGACGACAACAAGGAUCACGAUGAUGCCACCGGCAAGAAGAAGAGGCGCAAGGUCGAGCUCGACCGCGAGUUCUUCCGCUCCCUGCUGCGCCUGAUGCGCAUCGUCGUCCCCGGCUGGCGCAGCAACGAGACCCGCCUGCUCAUCAGCCACAGCUUCUUCCUCGUCGUCCGCACCCUCAUCAGCCUCAAGGUCGCCGCCAUGGACGGCGCCAUCGUCAAGGCCCUGGUCAAGGGCAACGGCAAGGAGUUCCUCAUGAGGAUCGUCUGGUGGAUGUUGAUCGCCGUGCCCGCCACCUUCACCAACUCCAUGCUGUCCUGGCACCAGGCAGAGCUGUCGCUCAAGUACAGGACGAGGCUCACCCAGCACAUCCACGACAAGUACCUGUCCAAACUCACCUUCUACGGCAUCUCGGCCCUGGACGACAGGAUAAAGAACCCGGACCAGCUCAUCGCUGUCGACGUCGCAAAGUUCUCCAACAGCCUGGCAGAGCUGUACAGCAACCUGGCCAAGCCGAUACUCGACAUGACGAUAUACACCUGGUCGCUGUCAAGCAGCGUGGGCGGGGAGGGUGUGAUGUUCAUGUCAUUACUGGUGCAGCUGUCGGCCAACAUGAUGCGGGCGCUGACGCCUCCGUUCGGGAAAUAUGUCGCCGAUGAGGCGAGACUGGAGGGCGAGUUCCGCUUCCAACACUCGAGAUUAAUAGACCACAGCGAGGAAGUCGCCCUGUAUGCCGGCCACGAGGUCGAAAAGGACACCCUCGACAAGGGUUAUUUCACCCUCAUCAAGCACGUCAACUACAUCCUGAGGCGGCGCUUCUACCACGGCUUCAUGGAGGACUUUGUCAUCAAAUACUUUUGGGGCGCCCUGGGCCUGGUCCUCUGCAGCGUGCCCGUCUUCGUCAAGAUACCAGGCUCCGUCACGCAGAACAUGGGCGACAGGACCGAGACCUUCGUGACCAACAGGAGGAUGCUGCUGUCUGCCUCCGACGCCUUCGGCCGGAUCAUGUUCUCGUACAGGGAGAUCAUGGAGCUCGCGGGCUACACCUCGCGUGUGGCCUCGCUCUUGGAGGUCAUGGAUGACAUCCAGGCCGGCCACUUCGAGAAGAAGCUGGUCUCCAGCGCGGGCACCGAGGACAACGAGGCCGUGCUCAAGGGGCGAGGCACGGUCGUGGAGAGCAAGGACAUCAAGUUCAUCGACGUACCCAUAAUCUCGCCCAACGGCGACGUCCUCGUCAAGGCCCUGUCCUUCUCCCUAAAACAGGGCGACCACCUGCUGGUCGUCGGCCCCAACGGCUGCGGCAAGUCCUCCCUCUUCCGCAUCCUCGGCGGCCUGUGGCCCGUCUACGGCGGGACGGUCCACAAGCCCCCCUUCACGGACAUCUUCUACAUCCCGCAGCGGCCGUACCUCUCGCGCGGCUCCCUCCGGCAGCAGAUCACCUACCCGGACGGCCUGCGCACGAUGCGCGCCAAGGGCGUCACCGACACGGACCUCCUGGGCAUCCUCCGGCUCCUGAGCCUCGAGUCCCUCGUGUCCCUGUACCCGGAGGGCUGGGACGCCGAGGCCGAGUGGCGCGACGUGCUCUCGGGGGGCCUGCAGCAGCGCGUCGCCAUGGCGCGCCUCUUCUACCACCGGCCCCGGUACGCCAUCCUCGACGAGUGCACGUCCUCGGUCACCCUCGAGACGGAGAAGGUCAUGUACGACAACGCAAAGGCCCUCGGCAUCACCCUCAUGACCGUCAGCCACCGCCGCUCGCUGUGGAAGUACCACAGCCACAUCCUGCAGUUCGACGGGCAGGGCAACUUUGUCUUCACGCGCCUCGACGCCGACCGCAGGAUGCGGCUCGAGGACGAGCGCGAGGACCUCGAGGUCCUGCUGCGGCAGGUGCCCGAGCUCGAGAGGCGCGUCGCUGAGCUUACUUCCUCCUGAGGGGUUUCGAUUUGUUUUUUGUUUUUUAUUGUUUUGAGGCUCCUUGUGGGAGCGGAGCCGACCAUAUCAAAUUUGGAUCACCGCGGAUUUAUUAGAUGGGCGGUGGUGCAUGUUUGUGUCUGAGAUUGAGGUUCCCAACACUCAGGAGAGAAUGUACACUUAGUCUUGGUUAGCAGCAUGGGUGGUUUAGCUUAUUGCUCUCUCGCUGCCUCUCCCCCUAUAUCUCUCACACCUUCAUAUAGAAAGAAGCAUAUCAGGUGAUAAUAAGAAAAUACUAUAUUACCAUAUUGACACCA